AUGUCUGACACCACGUUCUACGCAAACAGACGAGGGCUGCACCGCCGCCUAGCUGAGCGAGACAUAGUAGGAUCUGUCUUGUCGGUUGCGACUUCACAGCUCAGCUCUGCCGCCGAGUCUGCGACGGAUCACAGUUCCUCCGCUACGUCGACGACCGCAUUAUCUUCGUCAACGCACUCCACGAGUAGUAGUACGACUAGCAAAACCUCGUCCAGUGCCACGUCGCAAACGAUUUCGUCCACUGCCAAAUCUGACUCGACCAGCUCGUCACCGAUUUCGACGCCGUCUUCAGCGGCUUCCUCCUCAGCUUCCUCCACGUCAUCUAAUGUUCAGUCAUCGUCGUCAGCUUCUUCAUCCAGUUCAACCUCUGCUUCUUCGACUACCUCUUCUGCCGUUGCAGCAAGCACGAACAAUGCCUUGGAGAGCGUCUCUCAAACGGCAUCUACCCUCCCUUCGACGACGAUAGCAAUGUCUACUGCUUAUUUGACCUCGUCCGUGGGAGCGGGAGUCACGGGUAUCGCAUCAGCUAGUAUCUCAAGCGCUGCCGCAAGUGCAUCUGCCACUUCAUCCUCCAGUGUGAGCGUUGGAGCAGUUGUCGGUGGUGUCAUCGCCGCCCUUGUGGGAGUUGUUGGGAUAUUGUUUGCCGUCGUGUACUUCUGGCGCCGUUCUCAUGGGCGCAAGGAAGAAGGGAUUGAGGAUUGGAACGCUGCAGCUUUCAGACGACAGUCGAUCAUCCUCCCCGAUGAAGGGAUGCCAUCCCGCUCGGGAUCACUUAACCGUGGACACAGCGACGAUGGUCACAGCCCUACCACUCCCUCGAUGAUGGUGGAACAGACCGUCAAUAGCGCCCCUCCGACCUUCGGUUACCAAGGGUACGGCACUCCAGACGCGUACCACAACCACUACUAUCCGAGCCAGCCGUCCUAUCCUCCCGGUCAAUAUGUGUCAGCUGCCCCUGGUCAGGAACAGCGAGCAAUGGGCAACCCAUUCAUAGCACCCUAUGGACAACUGCCAGCUGGACCGAUUGGCGACGGCUCGCCGUACGAUUACGCGUACAAUGCCCAAAGCCAGAUGCUCAGUCGCCAGCAGUCUAACGGACAAUACCUUAACGGUCAGUAUUCCGGCGCUCAGCUCUCCAACGGUCAGCAUGUAUCGCGUCAGCCGUCCGCCGGUCCCGUCCAGAACUUGUCGCUCCAGCCAUCCAGCGGUCCAGUACAGAGUCUCGCCCGCCAAACUUCCCUCGGUAGCGAUCAGAGCCUCGACGGCCAGCUCAUUGAGGGUGCACAGAAUCUGUAUCGUCAACCUUCUGAUCUUGCGGCGGAGCUCGUGGCUCGACGGCUGUCUGCUGGGGCUGCUCAACUCCUCGCUCGUCAGUCCAACAACGGCAACGGCGCUGUGGAUGCUGCGGGCGAUGCGCAAUAUGUUGAUCUGAGCCGCUCCAGUGUGUCCCCUUUCCAGGCUGCUCAAUAUUCGGAGAUCUCUCGUCAGUUGAACAUCCCCUCUCCCGCCCCGGCGUACACUGCGACUCCCUCCAACGACAAGAUCGUCAUCCAAAACCUGCCGCUUAGCUUGCAGAGUGGAGCUGUCGCGCGUAAUUCGGCACUGUCCGCUGCUUCAAAUGACAAGCAACUGCCCUCUCAGCCGACUACGCCACGCGAGUCGCCAUUUGCGGAUACCGCGGCGGUACAGGAUGUAUACGUCCACUCCUCGUCAGCUCAUGACGGCGACAUGCUUGACCCUCCGGACAGCCCCCAUAAGCGCGACUCGUUCGGGCCGUUGCCUCUUCCCGACUUCGAAGCGUACACUCGUGUGGCCUCCACGCCGCCGAGCCUUCCGGAGAUCCAGGUACAGCAACGCGCAUUCUCUCCCGUGGCUAAUGUGUCGCCUGUGAAAGCCAGUUUUACAGUCCCAGCCCCGCCGAAACCCUCUCCCUUGGGCACGUUUUAUGCCCUUCCCUCCCCGCCGCCCGAGGCACACGUCGUCCCUGUUGCAGCACCGACUGCAUCUCCGGACAGUGCUGCUGAUGUCUCCAUGAAUGCUCCGGCUGCCCCUGCCACCGUCGAGCAGAAUGGAGUACAGCGUCCGGAGAACGUAUAUACCCACAGUAACAAAGAUGCCUACACGGGCGUUUGA